CGGAUCUAAACCUCCGGACCAAAGAUGGGGGAGAAGAUAUACCCUGCUGGCAGACGGGGCUCUGCCAGUGACGAGCUCUGCCAGACUGCCAGUGAAUACAAAAACCUAAACAAUGCAAAGAAAGAAACAUAAAAUGAUUUAAAAGCAAUGAUUCCCCUCGCUCCUCCUCUCUUUCCAAUGUUCUCUCAAACAACUCUUUACGCUACAUUUGUCUCAGGAUGUAAAUUUAUGGAAAUUGAUGGGUGAUUUCAACCUUCAUGGAAUUACGGCUCCAGAGGAAUAUGGAGGACUCGGCCUUGGUUAUUUAUACCAUUGUAUAGCUAUGGAAGAACUUAGCCGUGCCUCUGGAUCGGUUGGCCUUUCAUAUGGUGUACAUUCUAAUGUGUGCAUUAGUCAGUUGGUGAGGAAUGCAAAUCCUGAUCAGAAGAAAAAGUAUCUCCCAAAGCUGAUCAGAGGUGAGCAUGUUGGCGCUCUUGCUAUGAGUGAACCCAAUGCCGGAUCAGAUGUUGUUAGCAUGAAAUGCAGAGCUGAUCGUGUUGAUGGGGGUUAUGUUCUGAACGGGAACAAGAUGUGGUGUACCAAUGGUCCUGUGGCACAAACACUGGUUGUUUACACUAAAACGGAUAUUGCUGCUCGCUCAAAAGGAAUCACUGCUUUUAUCAUUGAGAAGGGAAUGACAGGUUUCAGUACUGCCCAGAAACUAGACAAGCUUGGGAUGAGAGGAAGUGAUACAUGUGAACUUGUGUUCGAAAAUUGCUUCGUUCCUGAAGAGAAUGUGCUGGGGCAGGAAGGGAAAGGAGUUUAUGUUAUGAUGUCGGGCCUAGAUUUGGAAAGGCUUGUGCUAGCAGCUGGGCCUAUUGGGAUCAUGCAGGCUUGUCUUGAUGUGGCACUUCCAUAUGUCCGCCAGAGGGAGCAAUUCGGCAAGCCUAUCGGUGAACAUCAAUUUAUACAGGGGAAAGUUGCUGACAUGUAUACUGCCCUACAGUCCUCAAGGUCAUAUGUCUAUUCUGUUGCUAGGGACUGUGACAAUGGGAAGGUUGAUCCAAAGGAUUGUGCAGGUGUGAUUUUAUGUGCAGCUGAAAGAGCCACUCAAGUUGCUCUUCAGGCAAUACAGUGUCUUGGGGGUAAUGGGUAUGUGAAUGAGUAUCCAACCGGGCGUUUCCUUCGGGAUGCAAAACUGUAUGAAAUAGGGGCAGGCACCAGUGAGAUCAGAAGAAUGAUCAUUGGGCGGGAGCUGUUUAACAAAGAGUAGUUAAUUACUUGAACAUUUGCCCAUUUGGUAGCAGAAACAACUUCCAAAGAUAAUAUAUUAUUACUAAUAUAUAGUAAGUUUACUCAUAUUUUUUUCGUGUGAGUUAUGUUUGAAUAAUGUUUAAAUAAAGAUUUUUUUUCAUUUACUCUAUUGAAGUGUUAAAGAGAAACUUUGAGCAUACCGUCUUGUACUUUUUCAUAUAUACUAGUAUUGCACCCGUGCGAUGCACGGUGCGUGAAUUUGUGGCAAGGUGUAAAUAUAGUUGAAC